CGGAACUCUAAUUGGGGUCGAUAUUUGGGCACCGCAGUUAGCCAUAGAUGGCUGGUCGCAAUUGCAUCGCCGGAGAUUAGAGAGAUGACGGCUUGCUUCCGCCGAAGAAUGAGGUCCGCGAACAAUGAGUUCAAACAAAGUUGUCGUUAGCGCCUGUUUUGGGUCAAUUGGGCUUUGGGCCAUGGCACCAUGUUGAUGUAAAAGUCCACUCCAAUUACAGAGGAGCUUGAACUUGGGCCUUAGUGUGUGACAUGAGACGAAUAAGU